CAACUGGCUUGUUUGAUGCUCCAGUUGACGCUAGAGUUGUCCGUCCUAGAUCCGAGUUGUCCGUCCUAGAUCGAAUCUAUCCCAAAACUAAUUGGACUGCUUGCUCACCUGACCAGCCUCGUGCUCACCUGACACAUUUUUCGACUGGUCAGUGCGCGUGCAUGCACACCAAGGUGCGUAUGUUGCACAACAUGUAAGGAAUACUCACGAUGGCAUUACCCGUGCUCAUGUAAGGCUUACACGUGGGAAGUAACGGAUUAUUCCUAGUUUUGUAAGGAUUACACCUGCUAAUGUAAAAACUACUGCUAACCUACAAAUGUAAGGAUUACAUCUGCUGAUGUAAGGAUUACACCUGCGAAUGUAAGGAUUACAGUGCCGGGAGUAACGUUAUCUAAUUACCAGUCAAUGUAAAAGGUCGUCACGUGACGUGUCAGCCAGGUAUGUGGAGAUGAGAGCAGUGACCGACCCGCACACAGACUCACGACUUUCUCUACAGGAAUCAGAGGAACUCUUCAAAGAUUUGAGCCAGAUGCAGGAGACGUGGCUAGCAGAAGCCCACUGCGCAUCUGACCAGGACAAGUUUAGCGGGGCUGAAGGUCAGGGCCGCUCAGACAACAGCCUAAUGAAGAUGACGUCGUCGGAUAAGGGAGUCACGUGCCUUCAAUCAGACGGCAGCCCGCAGUGCCGGACGAUGGACAAGGGGGCGGCACCCCGCAUAGCUAAUCACAGCUGUGGGGGGAGCGGCAACCCCGCCGGCAGCAACAUGGCCGCUUCCAAUAUGGCCGCCAACAACAUGGCCGCCAACAACAUGGCCGCCAACAACAGACUUAACAACGCCAUCGCUGCGAGCACCAACACUAGCAGCAGCGCGGGACUUACCAAAUACGCCUACCACGAGCCGUGCUUCGACCAGGGCGCCACCCCCUCCCCCUCAUCCUCCAUCACAUCAAACUCCUCUUCGGAGAAAGAAACUUUGAACUCUGACCCCUUUAAGGACAGUCAAGGUUACCACAUACACCACCCACACCUCCACGCGCCACACCCACAGCCCACGCUACCACAGCAGCACCAUCGGGAGACCGACCACCACCCCCACCACCUCCACCACCUACAGCACCAGCUGCCCGGGACCACGGCUGUAGGGGAACCCUUGUUUCACCACGACGCCAGGUAUCUCCGCCCCCACUCUCAGCCCAACCUCAGCUACCUCAGCCCCGCCCCCCAUUUCCAGCAACACGAAGCGCCCCCUCAAGCCCACGCCCAGCCCGUCAACCACGCCCACAACCCCUACAUCGUCUCUCCCCUGCUCAAACCCCCAGACCAGGGGUUCGCCAUGGCAGCUACAGCCAGACAUCAUGGCUACCCUACAGCCAGGGGGAAUGACGUCAGCGUCAAGCAGGAGCCACGUGACAUGGCCUAUGAUGCAACUUCCUGUUGUGAAACAACGAGAACUGCCGCCAUAUUUCCCCGACACGACACCAGUGGUCAGCCGAGUCCACACGAAGUCAUGUCCUACCCUUACGAACCCAGCGUCAGAUAUUUCUACCCAGACGACUCGGCCUACAUCUCUCACUUCCGUGACAAACAUAAAGGUCUGGAAGUCAAGCCUGACUUUUACCGCGACUUCUACCUGGAGCGGUACCAUCGUGAGGGCCACGCCUCCUACCAACGGCGCGGCUCCCUGCAGCUCUGGCAGUUCCUGGUGGCUCUACUUGACGACCCCUCGAACGCCUCCUUCAUCGCCUGGACGGGCAGGGGGCUGGAGUUUAAGCUCAUUGAGCCCGAGGAGGUAGCACGGCGGUGGGGUAUGCAGAAAAACCGUCCCGCCAUGAACUACGACAAGCUGAGCCGCUCCCUGCGCUACUACUACGAGAAGGGCAUCAUGCAGAAGGUGGCGGGCGAGCGGUACGUCUACAAGUUUGUCUGCGACCCAGAGGCCCUCUUCACCAUGGCCUUCCCCGACAACCACCGCCCCCUGCUCAAGGCGGACGGCGCCCCCAAGGACGACUUCUUCAAGGCACCCCCACAGCCCAUGGAGGGUCAGCCCCUGGCCUUGACGUCAUCACCCCCCUCCGGUCACCACCACAUGACUUCCUCCCCAAUGAGGGGUGCUUUUAACAUGAACGGCGCCCCAGCACCCCACCCCCACGGGCCUGUAUCGGCAGAACAACACCGCCUUCAGUACGUGCAGGAGUUUCACAGGAUGUACGGGGCCGGCCCGUACAUGGAGGGAUGCGUUUACUAGUAGGACAUGGGGUGUGU